CCAACUACCACAUGUACGGGUAAAGAUGUAAAUGUUCCUUCGUGAGAUGGCGAUAUUCAAAUAAAAACAGGUAUUUGAAUGAACUGAGUCGUUUCAUCUGGGAAUUAGUUUGACUAAGGUAUAAAAGAAAUCAAAGCACGUGUUCUAGUUUCAAUCAUUCCACCUACCCUGCAGCGCAAUCAUUGUUAAUCCUCAUGCCAAAUCCCCCGUUCGCCGUCAACAACCCUCAUUCUCACUCAACUGAUUCCAACCCGACUCAAUUAUAUCUAAAUCAGGCCGAUACCUCGAGCUCAUGUCACCAUGGGCGCUAAAGUCAAUGAAGACGAAAAGAAUCAGGGCAACGGCGGUGACCCAUCAUCUGGUACACCUCGCUCCGCUGGCGGGGAGGUCAAAGGUGCUCACCUCGCCCGUGAUGGAGAUGCUAGCUUGGGAGAUGGAGGCGGCGACGAUGAUGACGACGACGACGACCAAGAAGCUGGAUCCGUGUCGCUGAUCGAGACCGACAAGAAGAAAAAGAAGAGAAAGCCCCGCAAGAAGAAGAACAAGAAGUCUCCGACAACCCAGUCAAACCCUCCAAGGGUGCCGCUGAGCGAUGUAUUUGCCUCGGCAGAGUAUCCCAAGGGCGAACUCCAGGACUACACCACUGCUCGUACAACGCCCGAGGAGCUCCGCUUUCGAGGCCGGAAGCAUCUUGAGGAUCCAGAGUUUCUAAGCGACUACCGGAAGGCCGCCGAAGUUCAUCGCCAGGUCCGCCACUGGGUACAGGACACUGUCAAGCCAGGCUGGGCGCUCAGUGAUAUCGCGAAUGGCAUCGAGGAUGGAGUGCGAGCAUUGCUCGGCAAUCAGGGUCUAGAGACCGGAUCCGCGCUUCGAUCUGGUAUGGGCUUCCCUACUGGCCUGUGUCUCAACCACCAAGUCGCCCACUAUACUCCUAACCCCGGCCAGAAGCCUGUCGUCCUGCAGCACUCGGACGUUAUGAAGGUAGACUUUGGCGUGCACAUCAACGGGUGGAUCGUCGAUAGUGCCUUUACCAUGUCCUUUGACCCGGUCUACGACAGUCUCCUGGAUGCUGUGAAAGAUGCCACGAACACUGGUAUCAAGACCGCUGGCAUUGACGUUCGCAUCUGCGACGUGAGCGCUGCUAUCCAAGAGACCAUGGAAAGCUACGAAGUUGAGAUUGGCGGCAAGUCGUAUCCAGUCAAGCCCGUCCGCACUCUCAGCGCCCACGACAUCAAGCAGUACCACAUCCACGGCGGCAAGUCGAUCCCCUUCGUCAAGCACAAGGAUCAGACCAAGAUGGAAGAGGGCGAGGUAUUUGCCAUUGAGACGUUCGGUAGCACGGGUCGCGGGAGAACCAAGAGUGAUGUCGGGAUCUAUGGCUACGGAUUGGACACGGACAGACCAAAGCAUGUGUCACUGCCAUUUGCCUCCGCAAAUCGACUCUACAAAGUGAUACGGGAGAACUUUGGUACCAUCGUCUGGUGCCGGCGCUACCUUGAACGACUGGGACAGGAGAAAUACCUGGCAGGAUUGAACAGCCUUGUUUCCAGCGGUGUGCUUGAACCGUAUGAGCCGCUGGCAGAUAUCAAGGGUUCCUACUCCGCGCAGUUCGAACAUACAAUUUUGCUUCGCGAGUCGGCCAAGGAAAUUCUGAGUCGUGGGAGCGACUAUUAGGGAAGGCGAUUCGGCGUCGAUGUUCAACACGACAUGACGGCAAAUUCAAGCUUGCUUCAACACCCCACGAGCUAUAUAUGCGCCCGAAAUGGAGCUCAUGUCCUUUUAUUUUCACUGUCGACGGAAAGGCAUUCUUCAACAUCGCCUUGGCUGUCCGAGCUGGCUUCAACAGAGACGCUUUUUGUUAUCAUUUUGUAGAGCAGAACAGGACAGGCUUCAGCUGCGCUCAUCAGUG